AAUGAAGUGUUUUGUGCUCCAGGUGUUCUCAGUGAUUAUCUGUGGAAUGUGAAGUAUCCUUCUUCUCCGAUCUGUGCUGUGAGGGGAUCCAAUGUCACUAUUGCCUGUUCAUUUACAUAUUCACCUAAUGCGCAAGUAAAGCAAGUGAUGUGGUGUUCAAUGAAUUCAAACCAUGGUUUCUGUUCAAAUAUGCCAUAUGUUUAUGACAGUGAUGCCACCAUUCAUCAAAGAAACUUUCAAUACAUUGGAGAUAAAAAAUCAAAUUGUUCUCUUUUGAUCAGUAAUAUUACUCAAACACUUUCUGGAGAGUAUAAAUUCAAAUUUAUAACCAAUUUGCUAGGCGGAACUUGGACAGGUGAUCCUGGAGUUGAAAUUGCAGCACACGAUUUAAGGGUGUUAAUGACCAGAUCGAGAGACACUGCAAGCAUAAUAGUAGGAGACUCUUUGAAUCUCACGUGCACACUCGACUGCUCUAAUUUAGAUAAAGUUCAGUGGUUUAAGGAUGAUGAACCGAUGACACAUUCAGACCCCAUCCUCACCUUGAGCAGUGUAACUACUAAAGACUCUGGGAAUUACUCCUGUUCUCUGAGGAACUUUAAAACAACUGUUUCUGAACAAUAUAGAAUUUACAUUGAAGAGGUUGCUGUGUCCCCAACAGUUCCGAUUAUUGUCGUGUCUUCAAUCGCACUUAUUGGUUUCAUUAUUGCAGCUGUGAUGCUUAUAAGAAGGAAAGGGGAAACUUGCGGCAAACCAAAGGAGGAAGAAGAAGAAAACCAGGCUAGAACCGAGGCACACUUAGUCUCCACAUACCUAGAGGAAGCUGAGGAUGCGCUGCAGGAAGUGCAAUAUGAAUCUGUCAACGUUCAACCCAAAGAACUCCUUCAAAUGUCUGCCAACACAGAGCAGGAGAAUGAUUCAGCCAUCUACAGCACCGUGAUCUACUUUCAGCAGUAA